CACGAUUCGUUUUUUUUUGUGAACAAAUCUUGUGGGACCUUAUCAUUCAUAGCACGACCAUUUUUUCCUUCAUCAGCCGCCAUUUAUUUGGGCUAUAACUUCUUCUUCUUCUCGUCGACCCCUUAAGAUUUAGCAGAAAAAAUCUAUUAGCAAUGGCGGCGUCUUCAGCUAUAGCUUCAAGUUCUACAACUUUCAUCAAUAAGAAAGAUGUGGGUCUAUCUGCCUUCUCUUCACAAGCUUCAUUUUCCGUUCAAACUGCUCGGAAAAGGAUAUCCAAGAGAAUUGUUUCUGUGAUGACACCUCAGCAGACUGAAAGAAAACCUGCCACAACUGGAUCAGUAAAGACUGGGAUGACUAUGACUGAGAAGAUAUUAGCUAAGGCUUCUGAUAAGCCUGACGUGAGCCCUGGUGAUAAUGUCUGGGUGAAUGUUGAUGUUCUGAUGACUCAUGAUGUUUGUGGCCCUGGCUCUAUUGGAAUUUUUAAGAAAGAGUUUGGACAGAAUGCUAAGGUCUGGGAUCGUGAAAAGCUUGUCAUUAUACCUGACCAUUACAUAUUCACAACUGACGAACGAGCAAACCGUAACGUGGAUAUCUUGAGGGAUUUCUGCAAUGAACAAAAUAUUAAGUACUUCUAUGACAUAAAAGAUUUGGGGAACUUCCGUGCUAAUCCUGAUUACAAGGGUGUCUGCCACGUUGCUCUUGCACAAGAAGGUCACUGCAGACCUGGAGAGGUUUUGCUGGGUACAGACUCCCACACAUGUACUGCUGGAGCUUUCGGGCAAUUCGCCACUGGAAUUGGCAAUACUGAUGCAGGUUUUGUGUUGGGUACUGGAAAGAUUCUGCUCAAGGUGCCUCCAACUUUGAGAUUUGUAAUGGAUGGUGAAAUGCCUGAUUACUUGCUUGCUAAGGACUUAAUUUUGCAAAUUAUUGGUGAAAUUUCAGUGGCUGGUGCUACUUACAAAGCAAUGGAGUUUGUUGGCACGACAGUUGAAAGCUUGACUAUGGAAGAAAGAAUGACAUUAUGCAACAUGGUUGUUGAAGCUGGUGGAAAGAAUGGUGUCAUCCCAGCUGAUAAAACGACAUAUGACUAUCUUGAGGGUAGGACUUCUGUGCCCUAUGAACCUGUUUAUAGUGAUGAAGGAGCCAGAUAUCUUAAGGAGUACAGAUUCGAUGUUUCCAAGUUGGAGCCCUUAGUGGCUAAGCCUCAUUCUCCUGAUAAUCGUGCUUUGGCAAGAGAGUGCAAAGAUGUCAAAAUCGACAGAGUAUAUAUUGGAUCUUGUACUGGUGGAAAGACAGAGGACUUCAUGGCUGCUGCAAAAGUUUUUCUAGCUUCCGGAAAGAAGGUAAAGGUUCCCACUUUCCUUGUUCCUGCUACCCAAAAGGUAUGGAUGGAUGUAUAUAGCCUCCCAGUUCCAGGAUCAGGUGGCAAAACAUGUUCCCAGAUUUUUGAGGAGGCAGGUUGCGAUACACCUGCAAGUCCUAGUUGUGGUGCUUGCUUGGGUGGCCCUAAAGACACUUAUGCACGCAUGAAUGAAGCUCAGGUCUGUGUAUCAACCACGAAUAGGAACUUCCCUGGUCGAAUGGGACACAAGGAAGGCCAGAUUUAUCUUGCAUCUCCGUAUACAGCUGCAGCAUCAGCAUUGACCGGUUAUGUCACUGAUCCCCGAGAGUUUUUGCAGUGAAGUUCCUCGAUGACCUCGUUUUAGGAGUUUGGAUUAUGUUGUACACUAACAGAUGAGUGAAUCUUGAGCUUUUGAUGCUUAUAUAUUCCUGAGGAAGGCCGCGCCCGAUGUGUUUCUCUUUUUUCUCUUUACUCCCGAGAAAUGAAUGCUCUUCUGCAAUAAAAUGAGAACUCCUUAACUCCUAA